AUGGCCCAAACGAUCACCCACCAAACAGCCAAGACGCAAUUCGCAGAUGGAGGAGAGGUCCGUUAUGCAUACCGCCGAUUCGGAAAUACAUCCAAGAACAAAGUGCCCCUACUCUUCCUGAUCCAUUUUCGGGGGACCAUGGAUCUCUGGGAUCCACUGUUGGUGAACUCGAUCGCGGCCGAACGCCCAGUCAUCCUCUUCGACAAUGCAGGCGUCGGGCAAAGCACUGGGGCAGUCCCGGCGAGCUUCCGAGAAAUGGCCAAGCAUGUCAUCAAAUUCUUGAGCCUCAUCCAAGUGAAAGAAGUUGACAUCUUAGGAUUCAGUAUGGGCGGCUUCCUCGCACCGCUGGUCCACCUGGACGGACCGGCCGGUCUUGUCCGCAAGCUCGUCAUCGCGGGAUCGGGGCCCAGCGCAGGUGAAGGCAUCCAGAACCACUCAGCUGAGCAGAAUGACGAAGUCAACCGACUCGCAGGACAACCGACGCCAUCGUUCGAAGACGGGUUGGACAAGCUCUUCUUCGCUCCAACACCAACCAGCCAGGCAGCCGGUAAAGCAUACUGGGAGCGGAUCCACGAACGCAACGCCUCGACGAGCGGCGAAGAGCGCAGCAAGUUCGUCUCAUGGGGCUAUGAAGACGGCGGCGCCGGCCUGCAAGCAAUGGUCGCCGCUUUCGGACCAUGGCUUGACGUCGCGCACGCCGCCGACGGCGACUACAACCGCCUCGGAGACAUCAAGGCCCCGACCUUCAUCGGCCAGGGCCACGACGACUUCAUGAUCCCCACUGUCAACAGCUUCGUCAUGCAGCAGAAGAUGCCCGACGCAAGACUCAAGCUCUUCCCGGACUCGGGCCAUGGCUUCCUCUACCAGUAUGCUGUCGAAUUCGCCAGUGACGUGAAUAAGUUUCUUGAUCAGGCUUGA